AUGUCUACGGGGAAGAUCUGUUGUCUGGUGCUGCUGACCCUAGGUGUGCUGGCGGUGGUUGUUGCACUUGUGGUCAUCCUGACUCAACCCAAGUGUGAUCCUCAGCAUUACCUGCACGGUGCUGUGGCUGCUGACACCGAGACCUGCUCUGUCAUUGGCCGGGACAUCCUGAAAAGCGGAGGCACAGCUGUGGAUGCUGCUAUUGCUGGCUUGAUCUGCACCUCGGUGAUGAACCCUCAGAGUUCGGGCCUGGGUGGCGGGGUCAUAUUUACCAUCUAUAAUGCCAGCACAGGAACGGUCGAGGUGAUCAAUGCCCGCGAGACAGUCCCACGAGAGUUUCCACACAAUUUGUUGUCUCACUGCACUGAUGAUCUCACUGGUUCCCGCUGGAUUGCUGUACCAGGAGAACUUCGUGGGUAUGAAGAAGCCCAUAAGCGACACGGCCGGUUGCCAUGGAAAGCCCUGUUUGAACCAACCAUUAAGCUCCUUUCAGAGCCACUUCUCAUUUCCCCAGUUAUGAACAAAAUCAUCCAUCACCCAAACUUCGCCACUCCAGGAAAAAACCUGUGCCCACUAAUAUGUGACAGUCAAGGGUUCUUGAAGCUUGGAGACACCUUCAGGUGGCCAGCGCUGCAGCAAACGCUGAAAGCUGUUGCGGAAAACGGAGCUACAGCAUUUUAUGAAGGAAAGAUAGGAAAGGCCCUGGUAGAGGACAUUAGGAAGGCUGGGUCCAAUAUCUCAGUGGAGGACCUUCAGACAUACAAAGCAGAGGUGUCCUCAGCUCUGAACAUUACCCUGAACAAUCACACCACAGUGUUUUCUCCUGGACCACCCAUGGGAGGUGCUGUGCUCAUGUUCAUCCUCAAGAUAUUGGAAGAGUAUAAACUCCAUGAAGCAUCACUAGCGACACCCAAGGAGAUGGUGGAAACCUACCAUCACAUUGCAGAGGCCCUGAAGUUUGGCAAUAUGCUAAAACCCCAGAUGAGUGACCCAGCCUUCUCUGAAGCUCAGGUGACUGUGGGGACCAUGCUGUCUGACAAGAUUGCUGAGCUUGCCAGAAGCCGAAUAGAUGACCGUGGUGACCAUCCACCCAACCAUUACAACUUGUUGGAGUCCAUCUACAACCACAGAUACAAAAGUAAGGGCACAAGCCACAUCUCUGUGCUCGCAGCAGAUGGCAGUGCCGUGUCCGCCACCAGCACCAUCAACUACCCGUUUGGAUCCUUUGUGUAUUCUAACCAAACUGGGAUCAUUUUAAAUAAUGAACUCGCUGAUUUCUGCAUAGCAAAGAGAAGCAUUAAACCGGGUGAGAAGCCUCCCUCAGCAAUGGUGCCUUCCAUUCUCAUCUCCAAGACAGGAGACAUGCUGGUGAUCGGAGGAGCAGGCGGCGGCUGGAUUAUCAGUGCUACUGCUAUGAGUGUCCUGAACAAAAAGAAUUACUAG